CUCAGAGAGUUUCAGAAUGCACAAACUAUGAUAUUUGCCAUUGAAGAAAUUAACAACAGCACCAUUAUUCUUCCCGGCGUGCGACUCGGAUACAGGAUCUAUGAUUCAUGUGGUUCUGUGGAAAUGGCAGUAAGGGCUGCUUUAUCUUUGAUCAAUGGCCAAGACUAUACAACAACCAAUACUUCAUGUUCUCGUCCAGAUACUGUCCAAGCCAUCAUAGCAGAGACAUCAUCGACUCCUACAAUUGCUAUUUCUACGGCAGUUGGACCUUUAUAUGUGCCUGUGAUCAGUCACUUUGCUACUUGUGCAUGUCUCAGCGACAAAAUUAAAUAUCCAUCCUUCUUUAGAACCAUUCCCAGUGACUACUACCAGAGCAGAGCGCUGGCCCAGUUAGUCAAACACUUUGGUUGGACGUGGGUAGGAGCUUUAUGCAGUGAUAAUGACUAUGGGAACAACGGGAUGGUCACUUUUAUCAAAGCUGCCUUGGAGGAAGGAGUCUGUAUUGAGUUCUCAGAGCCCUUCUUCAGAACCAACCCGAGGAAGGACAUUUUGAGAAUAGUUGAUACUAUUAAACAGUCCACAUCAAAAGUCAUUGUUGCAUUUGUCUCCUACUCUGAUAUGGAGGUCUUAUUGAAGGAACUCGCCCUCAAAAACAUUACUGGCCUGCAGUGGAUUGGUAGUGAAUCCUGGAUUUCUGACAAGAAUAUUGCAAAUGGUCCAUGGCACAAUAUUCUACAAGGUUCGAUGGGUUUUGCAAUUCCAAAAGCUAAAAUAAAGGGCUUGCAAGAUUUUCUUGUUAACGUUGACCAGUCAACAGAAAUACCUAUUUAUAAGGAAUUGAUGGAGACCAUAUUUGGCUGUAAACUUGGAAGAAACAGCCAAAUGGACAAAGAACAGUGCAGUGGGAAUGAACGCCUGAGUGAUGUACACAAUCAAUACACAGAUGUAUCUGAUUUGCAAAUUGCAAACAAUGUUUACAAGGCAGUGUAUGCUGUUGCCCAUGUUUUGGAUGGCAUGAGGGCCUGCCCAGACACAGACACUGAGAAAGCCAGUGGCAAAAACUGUAUGAAAUCCACUGAUGAAGUCAGACCUUGGCAGGUUCUUGAAAACAUGAGGAAUGUGCAUUUCUCCAUCGAAAGUGGAGAGGACGUAUACUUUGAUGCAAGUGGAGACCCUGCAGCUAGGUAUGACCUGCUCAACUGGCAGCAGGAUCCAGAUGGUGAAAUAACGUUCAUUAAAGUGGGCUUCUAUGACGCCUCUUUACAAGACCCUCUCCAGCUGUCUGUAACAAACAGUAGCAUAGUCUGGACUCAAAAGCAACAUGAGGUGCCUGUGUCUGUGUGCAGUGAGAGCUGUCCCCCAGGCACCAGGAAGGCUGUGCAGAAAGGCAAGCCUAUCUGCUGCUACGACUGUAUACCAUGUGGAGAGGGAGAGAUCAGCAAUGAAACAGAUUUAGUCAGCUGCUUCAGAUGUCCACUGGAUCUCUGGCCAAAUACACAAAGAGAUGUGUGUGUCUUAAAGUCCACGGAAUACCUCUCAUUUGAGGAGAUCAUGGGAAGAGUUCUACUGACUUUCUCAUUACUAGGUGUGUCAAUGACUUUUUGCACAGCUGUAGUUUUUUUAAAACACAAAGAAACGCCCAUUGUAAAAGCCAACAAUUCAGAACUAAGUUUUCUUUUACUAUUUUCAUUAAAGUUAUGUUUCCUUUGCUCUCUUACUUUCAUUGGUCGGCCCUCUGAGUGGUCCUGUAUGUUGCGUCACACAGCGUUUGGGAUCACCUUUGUUCUCUGCAUCUCCUGUGUUCUGGGGAAAACAAUAGUGGUGUUAAUGGCCUUCAGAGCCAAUCUUCCAGGCACUAAUGUCAUGAAGUGGUUUGGGCCUCUGCAACAGAGACUCAGUGUUCUUGGCUUCACCCUCAUACAAGUCCUUAUAUGUGUCCUUUGGUUAACUAUAUCGCCUCCUUUUCCAUACAAGAAUAUGCAUCACUAUAAAGAUAAGAUCAUUCUAGAAUGUGAUGUUGGUUCAGCUGUAGGAUUCUGGGCCAUAUUAGGCUACAUUGGAGUCCUUGCUGUCUUGUGUUUCAUACUGGCUUUUCUGGCUCGAAAGCUACCUGAUAACUUCAAUGAAGCCAAAUUCAUCACAUUUAGUAUGCUGAUAUUCUGUGCAGUCUGGAUCACCUUCAUACCAGCCUAUGUCAGCUCUCCCGGAAAAUUUACUGUGGCUGUAGAGAUAUUUGCCAUUUUAGCUUCUAGUUUUGGAUUGCUUUUCUGUAUUUUUAUUCCAAAGUGUUAUAUUAUACUACUUAAACCAGAACAAAAUACCAAAAGACACAUGAUGAGGAAAAUGCCAAGGAAAACACUGUAG